AGAAAAGGUUACGGCAAAUUCCUAAUCCAGUUCUCAUACGAACUAUCAAAAAGGGACUGCCAAGUGGGAACCCCAGAAAAGCCGCUGAGUGACCUGGGAAAACUAAGUUACCGGAGUUACUGGAGCUGGGUCCUACUGGACAUUCUCAAGGAUCUACAUGGUACCGUCAGUAUUAAGGAGCUCAGCAACAGAACUUCUAUUACUGAGGAUGACAUUAUUAGUACCUUACAGAUGUUGAACAUAGUGAAGUACUGGAAAGGACAGCACAUCAUUUGUGUGACUCCUAAACAAGUUGAGGAGCAUCUAAAGAGUGAAAACUACAGAAAACCCUUGUUAACAGUUCAACAGGAGGCUCUUAAGUGGUUACAGAAGGGGAAAAGGGGCAGACCUAGCAAAAAACAAAAAUCAAACGACUGAAGAUGUCUCUAUGAGUACCACAUUUACUACAUUGCUGCAGGACUCCGUACAAAUUCUUCUCAGAUGAUGAUGUGAUCGGCCCAUUUUGGAAAUCAGCCAACAUCAUAGUUCGAUAUGUUAACAAAUGACUUUAUUUUUCAUUCAUUUUGUAUUAUGAUUUUAAGACGGAUCGCAUUUAAUAUGAUUCAAAGUUCGAUGAUAAUACCAUUCUACAAAUUUACCAGUUUAAUUUACUUC